AACACUUCCCCAAAUCUAAUUUCAUCAAACUAUGUUUUCUUCUCUAGUAAGAACAACACGUACACCUGUAUUAACUCAAUUGAGAACUAUGAUCACUGCCCAAGCUGUUCUUUACAAACAACACGGUGAACCAAAGGACGUUUUAUUCACCCAAUCGUUCCAAAUUGACGAUGAGAACUUAUCAGGUAACCAAGUUGUUGUUGAAACCUUAGCUUCUCCAGUCAACCCUUCUGAUAUCAAUCAAAUCCAAGGUGUUUACCCUUCUAAGCCUGAAAAGACUACUCAAUUCGGCACCGACGAGCCUGCUGCUCCAUGUGGUAACGAAGGGUUAUUCCAAGUUAUUGCUGUUGGUGAUAAUGUUGAAGAUUUAAAAGUUGGUGAUUGGGUUAUUCCAGCCAAUGUCAAUUUUGGUACCUGGAGAACUCACGCUUUAGGUAAUGACAGCGAUUUCAUUGCAAUUCCCAACCCAGCUCAAUCUAAGGAAAAUGGUAAACCUUUGGGAUUAUCAAUCAACCAAGGGGCCACUAUCAGUGUAAACCCAUUGACUGCAUUGCUUAUGUUGACUCACUAUGUUAAGUUAACACCAGGUAAGGAUUGGUUUAUUCAAAAUGGUGGUACUUCUGCUGUUGGUCAAUAUGCCACUCAAAUUGGGCAAUUAUUAGAUUUCAAUUCAAUUUCAGUUAUUAGAGACAGACCAAAUCUUGAAGAAACAAUUGCUGAUUUGAAAUCAAAGGGUGCCACCCAAGUCAUUACUGAAGACCAAAAUGGAUCUAAGGAAUUUGGACCAGUUAUUAAAAAUUGGGUUAAGGAAACCGGGGGUGAACUUAAAUUAGCCUUGAAUUGUGUUGGUGGUAAGAGUUCAAGUGGUAUUGCUCGUAAGUUAAACAACAAUGGAUUAAUGUUAACUUAUGGCGGUAUGUCUUUCCAACCAGUCACCAUUCCUACUUCCUUACACAUUUUCAAGAAUUUCACCAGUACUGGAUUUUGGGUUACUGAAUUAUUAAAAAAUAACAAGGAAUUGAAAUUGAAAACCUUGAAUCAAGUUAUUACUUGGUAUGAAGAAGGUAAGUUAAAGGAUGCUCCUUCAACUGAAACUAAGUUUGAUGGUUCAAAGCAAUUGCAUGAGUUGUAUCAAGAUGGGGUUGCUAAUUCCAAGAGUGGUAAGCAAUUGAUUACUUAUUAAACACGUAUGUACUAAAUAGAAUUAUAAAUUAUACAUGACUUUUUUAUCC